CCUCCAAAUCAUGUGAUUCAGAUGUUCCAAUCCCCUCCAUAUCAUGUGAUUCAGGUGUUCCAAUCCCCUCCCAAUCAUGUGAUUCAUGUGUUCCAAUCCCCUCCAUAUCAUGUGAUUCAGGUGGUCCAAUCCAUUCCCAAUCGUGUUCCAAUCCCCUCCAUACCAUGUGAUUCAGGUGCUCCAAUCCCCUCCAUGGACACAGGUGUAUACAAUCAAGCCCCUAGGCAUGCAGACGGCUUCUACAAACAUUGGUGAAAGAAUGGGUCGCUCUCAGGAGCUCAGUGACUCCAAGCGUGGUCCCGUGAUAGGUGGCCACCUGGGCAAUAAGUCCAUCCGUGACAUUUCCUGGCUACUAAAUAUUCCACGCUCAACUGUUAGUGGGAUU